AUGGCUUCCUCUAUGGCGGUUGGAGUCAUCGUUGGAUUGGCUUCUUUCUCAUCGGCUUUUCCGAUGUCUUCACCUGUACAUUCCGUCUUCCGAAGACAAGAGUCGAGCGACUUGUGCACCAACGCCGACCUUUCAAGGCCGGAAGGCGCUGCUGCCAAAUGGAACGAUUUCGGUGUCGGCGCCCGGCUCGAUCAGUACAUUGGAGAUCAAGGCGCAGCCAACUGGGUGAACACCCUGGCAUCCGAGUCUUUCCCCGGCUCCGGCGACCCUGGUUCUUUUGGCUGCGGCAGUCGUGACCAGCCGUGCAUGAGCGGCUUGGAUUUAGACACCUGCGGAGUCAUGGCUGCGGACGAUCGUGGCACCGACUUCUGGAUACUCAACGCAGUGCAGAAGAUGCAUGCUGCGUUCGAACGGGCACACGAGAAUCUGCAAGACUCAAUCAUCGACAGCUCGCUCUCCGUCAGCGGCAUUGCCAGUGACUUCAAGAUCGACUUCGCCAGCGACGACAAGAUUCUGCGCUACGUUGCAGCCGCUUUCGGCAUGGCUGGAGGUAUGAUCGGAUACGGCAGCGGCCCGAUUGUGAACGCUCUCAAGACGUCGGCAACAAUGUUCGGAGCGGCGUUUGCAACAACCGGUGUGAAUCAGCAGCCGGCGAUCGAUCCCUCGAAGGCUAUGGACUCAGCUCUCAAGGAGGUCUUCGAAUCGCAAAGGAGGAUGCUCGAUGGUAUCUUGAAGCUCGCUGUUGGUGGUGGAGGUGACUAUGACUCGCUUCCUGACCAGUCCGGAGACUACUCGACCUCUGUGGCAAGGUUUAUGGCAGAUGGCAAGUUCCUGUUGCAAGGAGAUCUCGUCAACCAGUACUUCUCUAAAGGUUACGAGAUGUUGAACAAAAAGCUUGUUGACAUUGCUCUUCAACAAUUUGGUUAUCAGGUGCUUGCGGACAAAAACUACGAAGACGCUGAGAGCUGCGGUGCAAACUAUGGCGCACACUGGCUUGAUCUCGACGGCGGACGCUGCAUGCGCCUGACAUACGAGGACAACUGGACCGGAAAGUGGUUGCCCGCUCCUGAGGAAGUCGUCAAGGCGGUAGAGGAGAAUUACGGCAUGGAUAUCUUCGGGUACUUUGGUAAUCUCUGCGACUGCCACAUUAACGGCAAUGGAGAGGUGGAUCUUGGAAAUCUCGCCACCGACGGUAAUAUCCCGCAGUGCUUCUACAACCUUGCUUGUCAAGAUGCCGACAUCUGCUGUGAGCGAAUCUCUCUGUCCUAUUUGUUCUACGGGCUAACGUCAGCUGCAGUGGACGAAGAAGGCGAUCAUGACUGGUACAUCUGCUGGCCCGACGCGGACUUCAACGACUCUCCAGCGCCUGCACCCACAGAACCAGAAGGGCCAGAAACCGAGCCCACGGAGCCUGCGUUCCCAUCUGACCGCGAUGACACUGGCUGCUAUUCUGGCGGUCUCAGCUGGAGUGAUCUGCAUGGAGACGGCAGUGAGACCGACACCCAGGAAGUGAAAAACGACAUUUCCACAAGAUGCCAGGCAGCGGAUGGAACCAUUCUUGGUCUGAACGACUUCUGGUGGGACUGCACUGAGUGGGGAAUCGAAGGCGGCGGCGUCAACCAUAUCUGGUGGGAGAUCCAAACGGAAGGCGACUCCACCGACGAAGUCACAAUCACCUACGAUACCUGCAACUCAGCUUUGAGCACAGAGCUGGGUGGCUGCUCGACCGGUAGCGAACAAAAUCAUGAUGGGUUAUGGUUCAAGAUCGAUCCUCAGGCAGGUUCGUGCCCAUACCAGAAGGGAUAG